AUGUCUUGCUUCAGGCCCUGUCCUCCACGCUCCUGUGGCACCUGUGGCCCAACCCCGCUGGCAAGCAGCUGCAGUGAGCCCUGCUUCGCCCGCUGCGCUGACUCCACGGUGGCCAUCGAGGCUUCUCCGGUGGUGGUGACCCUGCCGGGCCCCAUCCUCACCUCUUUCCCUCAGAACACAGCCGUGGGAUCCUCUCUGUCAGCUGCUGUGGGCAGCUCGCUCAGCACCGGGGGGGUUCCCAUCUCUUCUGGCAGCUCCUUUGGUCUGGGGGGGUCAGGGCUGUGCCUGCCUGUCCCCCGCUGCAAUCUCAACUGCUGA